ACCCUUCCCAAACAGCACUGGAGGAAUUGCGCUCAGUUCUCCCCAGCCCUGCAGCUGACAUCAAGGCUGUCAUCCAGCUCCUAUAGCAAGGAAUCCAAACACCUGAAGUCCUACUGAGAUGGGCAAAAUCAUCAUUUAUGAGCAUGCCAACUUCCAGGGUUUGUCCAAAGAAUUCACCACUGACACUCCCAACCUAACAGCUGUGGUUUGGAAUGAUAUUAUCUCCUCAGUGAAAGUAAUUGGCCAGCCUUGGGUGGCUUAUGAGCAUGUUGAGUACAAGGGCCAGUUUCUGGUAUUUGAGGAGGGAGAAUAUGGCUUUGUUGGGAAAGAGAUGAAUGACAAGAUCAGUUCUCUGCAGCUGAUCACUGAAGAUCUGCACAAUCCCCAGAUCACUCUCUACGAACACGUUGAAUAUAAAGGGAGGAGCAGAACAGUAAGAGAAGCAACCAAUCUGGCUGGGGGAGAAGAUGAUGACAUCGUGUCUUCUCACAAAGUCCAGAGAGGUGUCUGGCUGCUGUGUGAAAACAGCGAUGGAAGUGGAGCUCGACAUCUUGCCCGAGAGCAUGAAGACGUUCCCAAUUACAAGGAAAUUGACUUCAAUGACAAGCUUUCCUUCCUGCGUCCCCUUCGCCCCGGCCGCGACUCUUAGACUGCAGAUCCUGUGACUCUGAGGGAAGAUGCAGUCCCAGUAGGAAAUCUAAGGCCUUGAUCUCUGCCUCUGCUUGUGUCCCUUCCUUUUGAUUGACAAAGCCCUUGUGGUACCACAGUGAUUUGCUUUACAAAGCCCUUGUGGUACCUUGGCCUCUUCCAUUGUGUGUAACCUCUUUUGGGUUGGUGCUAAUAAAGAUUCUCUUGCA